GACUAUGUCCGCGCCAUGUGCUGGCGACAAGUGUCCAAGUUGACCAAGACGCUGUUCGUGGUGAUCUUCUACAUGACGAUGUACGAGCUCAUCUGGUACGCGCUGGGCCCCACCACCGAAGUCACCUUCAUCAGCGAGGACCUGCAUGUGGGAGACAAGUAUGCGUUGAUAUUCCUGGCGGCGGGGCCCGAGUGGCCCGUGUUCUCAGACGCUGAGGGAGCCGAGGUGUUCAGGAGCAGAGGUUGUGGCCCCUGUUUUAUAACCAACAACAAGGGCCUGCUGCCCAUGAGCGAGUUUGACGCCGUGCUGGUGUACGGGAAGACAGCAUUACUAUCGGACAGUAUGGCGGCCAUGCCCCCGGAGAAGAGGUUCCUGCUGGAGACGUACAAGCGCUGCAUGUCCAGCAAGCUGUCGCGCUGUAUCAGGGAGCCGAAAGUGACGUCAUUCGUCAACUUUAUGGUUUUCCACUUGUGCGAGCUGUGUGACAAGCUAUUGAGGAAUCGGUACCAUAAUAAAAUCGCGCAAUGAGUGCCUUGCUAAUGAAGCGAGCUGUGUCGAGCUGUGUCGGGCUGUGCCGAGCUGCACCGAGCUGUAGCGAGCUGUGUCUCGUUAAAUUGUCCCUAGCUGCUAUAAUAUUGGUGCUUGUAGACAGUGCCAGGCGCCACUCGACGGCUCGGUGGCUCAGUGGCUGUAUUGUUGUAUAGUUAGGUACUGAUGUAAUGUCUGUCAACCACAAAGUUUGAGACUGCUGUUAUGUUUCAGAGAGUUUAUUAGUGAAGUAGUGUGUGUACAUUAUAUAUUGUUGAAUGUACAAUAUGAUGUCUGGUGCUGUCACAGCACUGUAGUGCACUAGAUGAUAACAGCAGCGCGUGGGUACUAUAAAUAAGAAGUUCCGAUGUCAGACGGACGCACUAGCAAACGACGUCAUUACACAUUUUUGUUUGAGAAAUUGGAACAAUUGACUGAUAUAUUAUAAUAUUAUUACACCGGUCCAGUGUUUGUAAAGUAUGUCGAAGUUAUGUAUUUGUCACUAGCUUUUACCCGCGGCUUCGCUCGCG